AUGGCCACAAUCCUCUUCAACGAAGGGCACCCCGGUCCAAAAUACGCCCAGGAAACUCCAACCAAAAAACAGCUCUUAAACAAUAUCAUCGACGGCAUGGCUCGAACACGACCCAUGACAUAUUCCGCACUUGCGAAUGCCGUCAAUGGUAUUGCGUGGUGGUUGACUGAUCAGCUUGGUCUUGGAUUCGGAAAGGAUUUUCCAACUAUUUGUUACAUGGGUUGGAACGAUCUUAGAUACGUUACUAUGGUCUUGGGAGCAAUGAAAGCUGGAUAUAAAAUACUUCUCGUCUCGCCUUAUAACGGUAAUGAGGGAAAUAUCAGUCUAUUCAACGGGCUGGACUGUCAAGUUUUAGCAACUACAGAUCCAGCCCCGCUAGGAGUGCCUGUGUUACCCAAUAGCAUGCCCAAGUUACGCACUAUUACCGUUCCAAAUGUCAACGAGUUUCUAGAUAAAAGCUACAAACAUUUUCCCUUUAGCAAAACUUACAACGAGACCAAAAAUGAACCUCUGGUCUGUCUCCACACAUCUGGAACGACGGGUCUACCAAAACUUGUUAUCUAUUCUCACGACUUUGUAUCGACAUAUAUGAGAAUGGCGCAAUUAGUUUCCCCUGAAGGGUUUGAAUCAAGAGAAAAGCAGUACCAAGGAACACGAGUUUUUAUGAAUCUUCCACCAUUUCAUGCAAGUAUAUCUCCUUCUUUCAACUUUCCGUUUGCUGCAUCAAGCAUAAACGCACUAUCAGAAUCACUAGCCAAUCAAAACAUCGUCAUAUUUCCUCUACCAAUGGAACGAGCUACUGCGUCAUCGCUGGUCGAGAUUAUGAAAUACACGCCAGUAGAUGCACUAUGUGCACCUCCAGGGAUGGUGCACGAGAUUGCGACCAGUCCCGAAAUCUUAGAAGAAUUGGUUGCCCGGAAACUCGACGCUAUAUGGUACGGCGGCGGCGAUUUACCCCAACAAUUCGGUGAUAUCAUAACCUCUAAAUUCAAAUUCUGGAAUUCAAAUGAAUCUACGGAAACUUCCCCGUUUCCAAAUAUUUACAAGUCAGGAGAAUUGCCGGCAGAAUAUUGGAAAUAUAAAUGUACUCAUCCUGCUGCAGGUUUGGAAUAUCGGGUUUUCUCAGAUGAUGAUCAACUUUAUGAAGCUGUCAACGAACGAAAUUGCGAUCCAGAGUUUGAAAACCCGGUGUUUAAACUUUAUCCGGAUUUGAAGGAGUAUUCUACCAAGGAUUUAUUCUCUCCUCAUCCCACAAAGGCGGGCUGA